AUUAUGCGUCAUUUCAUGAGUCAAUUUGUUGUCGACGUUGUCAAAAAACCCCAAUUCUUAUAGGUUACACACUUUUAAACUCUACUAAAGUUUAUACUAGUUUUUAUAUUAUUAAAUUAAAAUAUGGAGCCUCUAUACCACCAAACUAAUGCGCUGAUACAGCAGACCAAAGAACAGUUUAAAGAGCUAGAAGGUAACCAUCCAAAUAGACCCACAAUUGAAGAUGCAAUACAAAAUUCAAUAAACUCCAUAAAUAAAAAUUGUGAAAAAUUAGAUAUUUUUGUUUUAAAAGUGCCUGUAACACAACGCCCACAUGCAAAAAUGAGGUGCGAUCAACUGAAAUAUGACAGCAGACAUUUACAGGCUGCUCUAGCAGCUGCCCAGCAGAAAAGACAACGCCAGGAGAAUGCAGCUGCAGAAAGAGAACAAUUAUUAAGCACUAGAUUUAGAGCAAAUCAGGAAUCAACUAUGAUUGAUCUAGAUUAUGGCCUACAACACAAUAAUGCAAUGCUAAGAUCACACAGAGGGGUUGAUGAAAUGUUACAUACUGGUGCCAGCACUUUGGAAUCCUUAAGAUCUCAGAGAAGUAUUCUCAAAGGGGCCAAGAAAAGAAUCAUGGACAUGACAAGCACACUAGGCUUGAGCAGACAUGUAAUGACUUUGAUUGAUAAGAGGGCUGGCCAGGACAAGAUUAUAAUGUUUGGAGGCAUGAUUAUCACAUUGCUUGUAAUUCUAUUUGUUAUUGUUUAUUUAACUUGAUCACAUUCCGAUAUAGAAGAACUUUAUCAAUUAUUAAAUAAUUUAUGUUGUAUA